AUGCCAACCGACAAUCUACCAACGCCAGGAUCACUUGUUCUCGUUGAUGGAAAAGGAGAAUCAGAAACUGAAAUUCGACUUUCACCAAUUCCAAGCAAUGACGUAAAUGAUCCUUUACGUUGGUCUUGGAAAAGGAAACAACUAGCUCAUUUAUGCCUAGUCAUUUAUACGCUUUGUACUGGAAGUUCAUGCACUUUGGUUUAUUCAAUCUUGAUCCCGAUCGAAAAGGAUACAGGUAUUCCACUUUCAACGUUGAACGCAGGAACAGGUUAUCUCUUUCUCUUGCUAGGAUGGGGUGGCUUGUUCUCUCAGCCGAUGGCUCUCAUGUUUGGUAAAAGAGGCGUUUAUUUGGUUUCAAUGGUUGGCGGUAUAGCCUGUCUGGCUUGGAAUGCAUACGUUUCUUCUAAAGGUGAAUGGAUCGUCAACAAGAUCAUUCAGGGUUUUUUCAUCUCUCCAAUCGAAAUGCUUGUUGAAACUUCAAUCGGUGAUAUCUUCUAUGCACAUGAACGUGGAUUCUACAUUGGAGUGUACGCAUUCGUCCUCUUUGGUAGCAACUACUUUGCACCCUUGGUUGCCGGCUUCAUGUACGAAGCUCACGGAUACAGAUUUGUAUUCUUCAUGGGCAUCAUGAUACAAUUUGUAGGGUUGGUCUUCUGUUUCCUGUUUAUGGAAGAGACCAACUUUGUUCGCAACAUCACCGAGUUAAGCGAAGCUCAUGAUGAUGACGUUUCUUCGCCAGCAAAGAAUGCACAAAAUCGCUCAAGCAUGGAUGAAAAAGAAGCACACGCUGAAGCUGUUGAACUAAAGGGAACACCAUUGCGGUUCAUGGAAAAGAUGAAAUUUUUCAACAAAAAGUACGCGAAAACAUCACAAUUGAUCACAUUGGUUUAUCGUCCAAUCUGGCUCUUACGCUUUCCAGUCAUCUUCUGGUCAGGUUUUCAAUACGGAGCAUUCCUUAUUUGGUAUAAUGUCUUGAACGCGACAGCUUCUUUGAUCUUAUCAUCGCCUCCGUACAAUUUCAAAGCUUCCAUGGUGGGUCUGACGUAUGCUGGCCCGCUGGUCGGUGUAUCACUCGCGGCCUUUUAUUCAGGCUGGUUCGGUAACAAAUUCUUGUUAUGGAAAGCAAAAAAGUCAGGAGGCGUACGUGAGCCAGAACAUCGUCUUUGGCUCUUAUUGCUCUGUGUCGUCUUUGUUCCUUCUUCUCUUAUUUUAUGGGGUGUAGGUGCAGCACGUCAAAUUCAUUGGAUCGGCUUGGUUGUAGGAGGAAGUUUAUUAGCAUGCUCAUCGGCCGUUGGAGGAGCGAUUGCGAUAAACUACGCACUUGAUUCAUACAAGGAUUUAUCGGGUGAAGUGAUGUUGAGCAUCAUUCUCGUUCGCAAUUCACUUUCUUUUGGAAUCGGAUAUGCCAUCACACCUUGGCUUCAUCUAGGUCUACAAAAUACUUUUGUUUCGGCUGCUUUUGUGGGUCUUGCCAUUACGAUCACCUUUAUACCAAUGCUGUUCUUCGGCAAACGUUUCCGACACUUUUCGAGAAAGUCUUAUUGGAAAUAUGUCGAAUCCUCAACCCUCUCACACUAG